AUGGGCAGGCUGAAUUUGUGCACUCAUCUUAUUGAGCAAAUCGAACUUGAGCCCGCUAUCUGGAAUGCUACUAGCGAUGAGUACAAAGAUGAAGAUUGCAAAAGUCGCGCAUGGGAUAGAGUUCUUGAAUCAAUGCGUAGUUACGGACAUGAGCAGAGCUUAGCAGAUCUCAAAGCUAUGUGGAAAAAACUGGAGGAUACGUGGAGAAGGAGGAGGGCGCAGCCUACUGGAUCGGGAGGAAAAAACAAUCGGUUCAAUGAUGAGAUGAGCUUCCUAGAGGAGCAGUUCUCCGGCGUAUCAAGAUCUGGGCCAGAAGUUUUUGAACUCGCAACUUCCACGUUUGGCCCUUCUGCGUCCAGCAGGGAUGAAAAAAUUAGCAGAAAACGCAAGAGCGAUGAGCCUCUAGAUCUGCUCAGGAGAGCAGCUUCGGCAGUCGAAGCUGCUGCUCAGAAACUUUGUCAACAAGAUUUUACAAGAAGCUCAGACGAUAGAUUCUUUUCAUUUGGAAACUGGGUGGCAUCGCAACUUCGUGUCACCAAUCAGGCUGUCGUGAACUACAAAAUGCUCAAAAUUGCAACUGUCCUUCUGGAUAAAGGCACAGCACCAGAGGUUCGGUCCUCGACUUCGACUACUAGAGGGACACAACACGGUUGGUUGGAAGUUUCGCAGAGUUUGGUUAGAGUACGCACGGUCCACUCGAGGACGAAAGAAGAUAUCAAUAUUGAGGAUAUCGACGAAUAG